AUGCCGGGUGGCCCGCGACUCGCGCUGCUCUGCGCGCUGCCCUGGCUCCUGCGGGCGGCCGCGCCGGGGCACCCAGUGCCACCCUUCCAGCUACGCGGCGACCCCCGAGAACCAGCCCGAGGCGCCGAUUUCGACCGCGUCUACAGCGGGGUGGUGAGCAUCAGCACCGAGAACAUCUACUCCUUCAACUACACCAGCCGGCCUGGCCAGGUGAAUGCUGUGCGAGUAUAUGUGAACAGUUCCUCAGAGAACCUCGACUACCCGGUCCUCGUUGUAGUUCGCCAGCAGAAAGCGGUGCUGUCCUGGCAGGUUCCUCUGCUCUUCCAAGGACUAUACCAGAGGAGCUACAACUACCAGGAAGUAAGCCGCACCUUAUGUCCUUCAGAAGCAACCAAUGAAACAGGACCUCUGCAGCAGCUGAUAUUUGUAGAUGUAGCAUCCAUGGCACCUCUGGGUGCCCAGUACAAACUGCUGGUAACCAAGCUCAAGCACUUCCAGCUACAGACAAAUGUUGCCUUUCACUUCACUGCCAGUCCUUCUCAACCUCAGUAUUUUCUGUACAAAUUUCCUGAAGAUGUAGACUCAGUCAUCAUUAAAGUCAUGUCUGAAAUGGCUUACCCCUGCUCCGUAGUUUCAGUCCAGAAUAUCAUGUGCCCAGUGUAUGAUCUCGACCACAAUGUGGAAUUUAAUGGUGUCUAUCAGUCCAUGACCAAGAAGGCUGCCAUCACACUACAGAAGAAGGAUUUUCCAGGCGAGCAGUUCUUCAUAGUAUUUGUGAUAAAGCCUGAAGAUUAUGCCUGUGGAGGAUCGUUCUUCAUACAGGAAAAGGAGAACCAGACCUGGAAUCUACAACGAACAAAGAACCUUAAAGUGACCAUUGUUCCUUCUAUCAAAGAAUCUGUUUAUGUGAAAUCCAUUCUUCUCAGUUUCCUCAUCUUCUUCUCCUUCUACUUGGGAUGUCUGUUGGUUGCCUUUGUCCAUUGUAUCAGGUUUCAGAGAAAAUCCAUUGAUGGCAGCUUUGGUUCUAAUGAUGGCUCUGGAAAUAUGGUGGUGUCACAUCCCAUUACUGCCAGUACCCCUGAAGGGAGCAAUUAUGGAGCAAUAGAUGAAUCAAGUUCCAGCCCUGGCAGGCAGAUGUCCUCCUCCGACGGUGGGCAGCCAGGUCAAUCCGACACAGACAGCUCCGUGGAGGAGAGCGAUUUCGACACCAUGCCAGAUAUUGAGAGUGAUAAAAAUAUCAUUCGGACCAAGAUGUUCCUUUACCUGUCAGAUCUGUCCAGGAAAGACCGGAGAAUUGUGAGCAAAAAAUAUAAGAUUUAUUUUUGGAACAUCAUCACCAUUGCUGUGUUUUAUGCACUGCCUGUAAUUGAGCUGGUCAUCACCUACCAGACAGUGGUAAAUGUCACUGGCAACCAGGACAUCUGCUACUACAACUUCCUCUGUGCUCACCCCUUGGGGGUGCUGAGUGCCUUCAACAACAUCCUCAGUAACCUGGGCCAUGUGCUUCUGGGCUUCCUCUUCCUGCUCAUAGUCUUACGCCGGGACAUUCUCCAUCGAAGAGCCCUGGAAGCCAAGGACAUCUUUGCCAUGGAGUAUGGGAUUCCCAAACACUUUGGUCUCUUCUAUGCUAUGGGCAUUGCAUUGAUGAUGGAAGGCGUGCUCAGUGCUUGUUAUCAUGUCUGCCCUAAUUACUCCAACUUCCAAUUCGACACCUCCUUCAUGUACAUAAUUGCCGGGCUCUGCAUGCUGAAGCUCUACCAGACUCGCCAUCCAGACAUCAAUGCCAGCGCCUACGCUGCCUACGCCUCCUUCGCUGUGGUCAUCACGCUCACCGUCCUUGGAGUGGUGUUUGGCAAAAAUGACAUGUGGUUCUGGGUCAUCUUCUCUGCAAUCCAUAUCCUGGCCUCUCUGGCCCUCAGCACCCAGAUCUACUACAUGGGCCGUUUCAAGAUAGAUUUGGGCAUUUUCCGGAGGGCAGCUAUGGUGUUCUACACGGACUGCAUCCAGCAGUGUAGCCGGCCUCUGUACAUGGACAGAAUGGUGUUGCUCAUUGUGGGGAAUCUAGUUAACUGGUCCUUUGCCCUCUUUGGACUGAUAUAUCGACCCAGAGACUUUGCCUCCUACAUGCUGGGCAUCUUCAUCUGUAACCUGCUGCUCUACCUGGCCUUUUACAUCAUCAUGAAGCUCCGCAGCUCCGAGAAGGUCCUGCCCAUCCCGCUCUUCUGCAUUGUGGCCACGGCUGUGGUAUGGGCUGCUGCCCUGUAUUUUUUCUUCCAGAAUCCCAGCAGCUGGGAGGGAACCCCAGCCGAAUCCCGGGAGAAGAACCGGGAGUGUGUCCUGCUCAAUUUCUUUGAUGACCAUGACAUCUGGCACUUCCUGUCUGCCACUGCCCUGUUUUUCUCAUUCUUGGUUUUGUUAACCCUGGAUGAUGACCUGGAUGUGGCUCGGAGAGACCAGAUACCUGUCUUCUGAGCCUCCAGCACAAUAUGGGAGAGGGAAUGAUCAAUCUUGGUGCUGUUUCAUGAAAAAUCCAGUGACUGCAGCAAAGUUACCACUGCCAAAUGUUCCAUUCACUCUCUGUUCAGUCCACUGCACAUACAUUCACACAGGGAGAGAGGAGCCUGGGCAAGGUUCAAACCUGCAGGAAGUGAAGCAGAAGGGAAGCCAUGGCUAUAGCUGGAGGCCAACCCUGAAGGGCGGAGGAGAACCCACCCUCUUUUGUUUGCAAUGCUGAGUUAGGUAUGGACAAAAGCUGCAUCAAAAUCAACUUGGUGUCUUGGGACCCCUCCACGCCCACCUGAGACUUGCCAGCAAUGGUAGAAUGAAAUGAUGCUCUUCUACCAUAGUACAGAAAGGCCAGCAGCUCAGAUUUCCCACCCAGAAACUCGGGCUGGUCCCUCUGCAUUUCUGCAACAUGUGUUACUCUAGACAUCCCAAAGGGCCAACUCACUUCUCCAAAGCCCUGAGAUGACAUGGUACCUCAGGGUCUUAUAGAGGGCUGGCCCCAAAGUCAUAUCUAACUGGGAUUAGAGACUUCUGUAGCACCAGCUAGUCACCUACUUAGAAGGAAAGCUGUAUGUUUUGCCUAGGUUUCUGACCUACUAGGAUUCUGGGUUGGGCUUUGUCACACACUCUGACUCUGGGACCAAGGCUUGGGUACUUAACCAUUCCUCAGCAUCUUCAUCUCACUGCUGUGUGUUGACCUCAUAACUCAGGAUGGGCCUUCUUGGAAAGGCCCUGACAUUCGACAUUCCAGCUUCAUGGUAGAAAGGGAAAUGGAAAAUGUCUUCUAGCAAUAGGAACAAGAGAAAUGUCUGAGAGCGCUAAGAGACUGGUGCUACAAGAAAAACGGGCUUACCCUUGGGCUUGGGCUUCUAGAACAGCUUCAGCAAAGGCAAAAGUGCCUCCAAUUCAGACAGCCCAAUUCUGUGCCCACAUCACCUGUAGGGAAGAAAUAAAAGCUCUAACCAGAGGCAGUGCUCUGGUGGGGGAGGGGAGGUCCUGUUUGACCAAAAGCCCCUUAUCGGUCAUUUUAGGCAGAUCAGGGGCUCCAGACAUAGCCCUAAAAGCAAUGUUUCACUAAACACAUUUUGUUCAUCCUCUUUAGUUGCAGAGAGCACAACUGAUUUAGGAUUAUCUCCCAGUUGCUCCUGAUUCUCAUUCUCUCCCCAGCAACAUGUUGAAAAGCUCAGCAUCUCAGCUCACUCUCACACUGUCUGGCAGCUCUGGCCCUGAAAGUCCCCAGGUAACAAUCUCCUUGUUACCUGGAGUUUGGUGAACUCAGAAUGUGUACAGAUGUGCUCACAAUGAUAUAUCUGUUCCUGGUCAUUAAUUAGUCAAAUGGAUUAGGCGUUCCUUUUUAAAACAAAAAAUUUUAUUCUUUCUCUAAAAUAUUUGCAUAAAAUUCAAAAACAUAUUUUGGAAGUUUGAAUAGCAAACUCUCCUUCAUUUUAAAAACAAUAAGAUGCUUUCAAUGAAAUAUUUUUUUUUCCUAAAGUGUUUCCAAAUUUGAAAUUGGUAUUGUUAUUCUUUAGUCCUUAAAAAAUGCUUAACUUCCAUAGGCCUCCUGUCAAGUGGUUCUGUUCAACUAACAUCUAAAACACAUUUCAAAUCUGUUAAAUUAUAACUGACUUGAUCCAAUUUCAUUAGAUUUCAUCUUUUAUUUCAAAUGGCUUCAAAUCCAAAAGGAAAUGUGAACAGCAAUGUCUGUUUAAGUAGCUGUGGGCCUGAAGUGAAUGAACUGUGGGAUGUAGUGCCGGCUCCACAGCUUCUCUGGAAACUAUGCCCAGGGAAAUAGGGAGGAGCAGCUGCCAAUGAAGGCCUGUGCUGCUGUGUUCUUGACUCUUUCUCACAUUAACCUUGUGCUAUAAACACACACUGUGGUCAAUUGUGUGUCCUCUGCAACAGCACUAAAAAUCCAGACAAGCCUGCUCUUAUAAACACUGAUUCUAAAAACACUUGUUACUCACGCUUGCUACAGUGCGGAUCUGGCGGUUGGAGGAUGCAAGGUCUGGGGGCUGUAUCUAGGGGUAACAAGAGGACUGGGGGAGACAGUUUCAGAGUUUAACAGUCCCUCAUGCAUAUGCAUGUGACAAUGCCUAUGUGACUUUUGCCUAUGCUCUUGGGCUACACUCUUUAAAAGAGAAGUGAAGGGUGACUCUGAAAACCGAGUUCAGCAAGAGGAUAACUGGAGAAAAACACCACCAAGAGCCCCUUGGCAGCGCCAGCACAGAGUAAUAGGAGCUGGUCAGCAGGAGCAGGACAGAGACGUGGCAGCCAGACAGGCAAAACCGUGCACUUAAAAAAAUGACCUCUUCACACCUCUCACAAAUGCUGCCCAGGCACCCCACCUGUUGAUGCUGGAUGUUUGAGGGAUUAACCCGGUUUUAUUUUAGCAACAGGAGAAGCUAGUGGAAAACCAGAGGCUAUCUGGGGAAGGGACUUUCCAUGACUGAAGGCUAUCACGGAGUUAGCUUCCAGGGCAAAGAAAGUGGC